AUGCCUGUCUCACUACAAGCCGCAGACCACCAAGCAAAAGAGUGGACGCAGGAGAAACAGUCCACCACCGAAGACCUCUUCAAAGCCUCAUGUCCCAACAACCACCGUGCCUCAAAACAAAUCAUUCAAAGCGCCUUCUCCCAUUCCCUGGAUGGUCAUCACAUCACUUCGUCCAAGAAUGGCUUCGUUUAUGCUCUCUAUCACGCAUACAGCCACCAUCACCACCUCACGAUCCGCCCAGACGAUGUCUGGUUUGCCAUCCUAAAUCAAAUCAACUUCUACGUCAAUGCGCAUGCAGAGGAGUUGCGCUCCUUUUUUGUCGCUCACGAAGGGCAAAAGGAGCUUACUGUCGUUGAAGCCGGUACGAUCCAUACCGUGGAUUUCGGUGCUUUAGCGGUCACGAUGACAAAUGAGAUUCAAAAGAACGUCCUAGAUCCGGAGCUUCAAAAAUGGAUUAUGCCAGAAUUCAGUACCACUACUGAUAACGACAAGGUUGUUGCUGCCAUCCAGAUGAUGGGUACCAUGCAGAAAUACUUCAGCUACACGAUGUAUCUGAUGUGUGGCAUCCCCAGUGUGACUUUACUCGGCGAGCGUGACGACUGGGAAUUGUUGCUCAAGAAAUUGGAUAAAAUCCCACAACUGGGCAAAGAACCUGCUCAAUUUGCAGAAUUCCUUACUCCCGUCCUGAAGAGAUUUGUCGCCUGCUUUGACGAUCCCACAUCGUCCAGCCUCCGAGACUUCUGGGGUAAAUGCGCUCAUUACUACAGCGGUGGAAGUGGCCCUACCUAUCUAUCAGGCUGGGUAACGGCAUUCUGCUUCUGGAAUGAAGAUGGUAAGCCUUUGUAUCACGGCCGACCGGGUGAAUGGGACACUGGCUGCGAGCUUGAUGGCGUUCUUUUCCAUCGAGUCGAAACAGAUGAUAUCCCCGCUGGAUACGCUUCGGUCCCUGUGAAACUCGAUGACAACGGUAAAGAAUACGAUACCACAAUGCUUGCCGGUAUGGUGGGUAUUCAAGCCAGUUCCAGUGGUCAGUCACUUGAAGGUGCUUCGGAGACUGGGUUGGAUUCGAUUCAGCCGGUGUCGGGAUGGUGGAUGUAUGAGAAGUCUAAUUAG